AUGCCACCUAGAAGGCCACCUAGAAGGAACAAUCCAUCAACUAGAAGGCCACCUAGAAGGAACAAUGAAGAUGGUGAAUCAACCUCUCUAGAGAAAAAAAUUGAGAAAAGUUUAAAGGGACUAAUAAAGCUAACAGAGGAAGAGUUUCAAAUCUGCAAAGCUGAGGGCAUAUUACUUGGUGAAGGAAAUUUUGGAAAGGUAUAUCAGGUGGAAUAUCAGUAUGAGGAUUACGCAAUGAAGGUAUACCAGGAUAGAGAUAAACCACAAUGGGAGGUCGAAAGGAAUAUCUUGUCUAUGAUACAACACAAAAAUGUUGUAAAAAUUUACGGUUACAGCGAGGGUAAAGAAGAAAACUCUUUACUUAUUGAGUUACUUGCAUCGAACGUUCACGAGAAAUUGGGAGAAAUAUACACACAACCGUGGACGACAUGUGUUCAAAUGUUUAAAGAGAUUGCCCAAGGAAUAAAAGGCAUUAAUGAUGCAGGAUUUGUGAUUGGCGACUUAAAGUUUCAAAACAUGAUGUUUAACAUGAGGGACGAGGUGAAAAUAAUUGAUUUAGGAGGAGCCAACACGAUUGGAGAGAAAAUAACAAUCCUCACAGAGGGUUACUGUCCUCCAGAGUUCAGAAAUGGUGUGGCACAUCACAACUCCGACGUCUAUAGUUUGGGGGUACUAAUUCUCCAAGUCAUAAUGAAGAAAACAGAAGAGGACAUUGGAACGACACCAGUCAAAGCAACAUUUGAUAAAAAUCAGCAUAUAACAAGGGAUGCAAAGAACAAAGGAGGAAAAAGCAACGAAGGAGGAAAAAGCUUGGUCGAUAAAGAAUGGACUGCACAGGGUUGCAGUAAGACAAGUGCAAAAAAGAUUUCAAGCCUAGCUAUGAAAUGUACUGAAUUCAGUGAAAACCGCAGGGCAACCAUAGAUGAGACAGAUGCAAAAAAGAUUUCAAGCCUAGCUAUGAAAUGUACUAAAUUCUUUGGAAACAGCAGGCCAACCAUAGAUGAGGCAGGCAGCAGGAAAGAAGGUAUUGCAUCUGAAAAAUGA